AUGAUGUCAAAUAAUGAAAACACUGGAUAUAUGAAUCGACGUCGUGAUAAUCAAUUUCCGGCAUAUAAUCCGAGUAGCAAUUAUCAAUCAUAUGGAAAGCAUCCGAAUGAUUACAACCGGUAUGAAACAGCACGCUCUCGAAGUUAUGCGUCACAACGGCAACGUGAAGAAGAUGAGAGGAGUCGAUUUUCAGGAUACGGUGAUCGACCAGGCUCUGGAGUAGAAUUCAUGCCUACGAAAUGGCAUGGUGGUGAAAUUAUUACCGAUCCGGGACAUUUGCCUCGCUCAUUAAAGCCGCGUCGUUUGUAUUAUUCACCGAUUGGUGACGGUGUUGUUGCUGCGGAUGGUGUUGAAUUGAAACGUGCUCCAAAAGAUUUAUCACCAAAAAUUACGGUGACACAUAGCAGAACACUGGACAGAGGUGAACCUGGCCAUGAUGGUUACAACAUCUAUACCCGAACAACAACUCAUGAUAUGCGAAAUGAUUAUGGAAAUGAUGGAAGCGGACGUGAUUCACGACUGACAGGUGGCGUAUCACCAGAUAGCGAUUCAUUUGGACAACAAAGUGGUGUUGGUCCUGGUAUGAGUUACGGCAAACGAGAUUCAGAUGGCAAAGGUGCAGGAAUAGGAGAGCGAAGACCAGGAAGUGGUGGCGGUUAUGGUACUGGUAGUGGUGGUAGUACACCGUAUGGUCAAGGAAAAGAUUAUUCAAGUGAUGUUGGUUCUGGUGACACAGGUUAUCCAAGCGGUCGAAGUGGUUACAACGAUAGUACCAGAGGACGAGGUACUGUUGAUAAUUAUGAUAUCGAAUCACCCAAAUCAGGUGUAGAUGGAUAUGGUGCAGGGAUACGUGGUACGAAUAGUUGUGAUGCUGGAUCACGAGGUAUGGAUCUUUAUGGUAUUGAGUCACCAAAUUACCGCUACCAUUCACCAACUGCAGCUUAUCAAUACUCACCAACUUAUCACGAUCCACAUAGUACACAUGGUUUCACACAAUCUGAUCCAUUUAUGAGUGAAUCUAGAGGUCGUUCUCAGAGUGUUGACCUACUAAAUGGACCUGACAAUUAUGGUGAUUACGGAUUUAAAAACGAUGGUCGCUCAAGUGAUGGAUCCGUACUGCAUGAAUCAAUCAAAUCAGAACGAUACCGGAAGUUUGAUGUGACCAAAGAUUACUUGAUAACAAAUCCACGCGAACUAAUACAUCAAUAUGCAACCACUACUCCAAUUUCUAUACUCGAAAUACCUGAAACAUCACGUACAGUCAAGAAAAUGUAUUCAUCAACAACCGAAGAAAAGUAUGUACCUUAUCCACCUUAUAAAGGUUCCAACGCUGUUGUUCACCCAAACAAUUUUGUUCGUCAACUAAGAGAUGAAGGAUUAACCGUAUCACAACGUGAAGCAAACAGGCAUCAAAAUCCUCUGACCACCGAUGAUCCAGAAAUCACGCAUAAAAUUUCGGAAAUACGCAAGGAAACAAGCCGAACAGCAACAACAAAUAAAGAGAUUGAUCAAUUGACUGAAAAAAUGAUGUAUAAUUUGCAGAGCGGGCAGCCAACAUCAUCGAAUUACUAA